AACUCGUUGGUUCGUUUACGAAUUUUUUUUUUUCAAAGUUAUAAGAAGAUCAAAAUAAAAUUCUUCACACGUUAUUAUUCUGAAUGAAAAAAAUUUUUAAUUUAUUUAAAAUGCAAAGAAAAUUCAUCGAUAUUGGAGCAAACCUAACCGAUUCCAUGUUCCAGGGAAUCUAUGGGAACUCAAAAAAACACGAAGCCGACUUGGAUAUUGUACUGAAACGGUCUUGGGAACAGGGAUUGGACAAAAUAAUUAUAACAGUGGGAACUCUCAAUGAGGCUGAUGCCGCCCUUCAACUUGCCCAAAAAGAUGAUCGGCUUUUUACAACAAUUGGCUGUCAUCCAACACGAUGCAAUGAAUUUGUCUCAAAUCCUGAAGAAUACUACAACAAUUUAUGCACAAAAAUCAAAGAAAACUCUAGCAAAGUUAUUGCCGUUGGAGAAUGUGGCUUAGACUAUGAUCGUUUGCAUUUCUGUGAAAAAGAUAUCCAAAAACAAUAUUUUGAGAAGCAACUCAGUAUUGCUGAAAACUAUAAACUUCCACUAUUUUUGCAUUGUCGAAACUCUUUUGAUGAUUUUAUGGAAAUUAUUGAAAGAAAUAAAUAUAAAGUACUACCAAAUGGUGGAGUAGUACAUAGUUUUGAUGGGACAAUAGAAGAAGCAAAGCGAAUUAUUGAAUUUGGACUUUUUAUUGGUCUAAAUGGAUGUUCUCUGAAAACAGCAGAAAAUUUAAAAACAAUCAAAGAAAUACCAAAUGAUAAAAUAAUGAUUGAAACUGAUAGUCCUUGGUGUGGAAUUCGACCUAGUCAUGCUGGUUAUAAAUUAGUGAAGACGAAUUUUCCUGUUGUUAAAAAGAAAGAGAAAUGGACUCCGUCAACGUUAAUCGACUCACGAAAUGAACCUUGCCAGAUAAUACAAGUUAUGGAAAUUAUAGCUGCUACAAAAGGAGAGUCACUCGAAGAACUUUCGAAUAUUUUCUACGACAACACCAUGAAAUUAUUUUUCAAGAAAGACCAAUAAUAAUAAUGAUUAAAAGGUGUUGGUAAAACUUGCUUGGUCACAAAAUACAUUAAAAACUCACUUCACAAAGAUAUUGGACCCACAAUAGCAGCUUCAUUUUUUACAUGCAAAGUGUAUCUAAAUGAUGA